AGGCUAAAUCUUUCGAAUCUGUAGCAUUGUUCGGUUUCAACUUUUUUUUUUUUUUUCAAAUGAAGAUGCAACUGUAAAUAUCUUGGUUCCUGUACAAAAUAACCGGAGGAAGCCUUUCAAGUUCUUCAACUUUUGGACUAAGAAUGAGGAAUUCUUGAACACAGUAAAGCAAGUAUGGGAUGCCACAACAGUACAAGGCUGCUAUAUGUUUCAGCUAUGCAAAAAAUUGAAGGCUUUGAAGCAAGCCCUCAGGAAGCUUAAUUCUAAGCAUUAUGCUGACUUACCUAACAAAUUGCAGGAGGAGUUACAUAAGUUGCAUCUUCUGCAAGUUGAUCUAUUUUCGUGCCCUACUGCAAAAUUAAUUCAAGUUGAGCAUGAUCAAGCACAAAAAGUUGCAACCCUACAACUAGCUGAAGAGUCAUUCUACAAGCAGAAAUCUAGAAUUAAAUGGUUGCAAGAAGGAGACAGCAAUACCAACUAUUUUCACAAAAUAGCUACAGUCAAAAAAGGCAAAAAUACUAUCAAAGUAUUGCAUACGCAAGACAAUAGAAGGCUAACUAGAAUCUCUGAUAUGGAGAAUGAAGUAGUCCAGUUUUAUCAAGGCCUUCUAGGGACAGUUGACUCAAACUGUACAAAGGUAAAUGAUGAUUGGAUUAAAAACAUAUUUCAAUUUCAGUUGCCUACUUCCAUGGUAGAUUUUCUUCAGCAACCUAUCACGGAUUUAAAGAUCAAAGAGGUAGUUUUUUCUAGCCCUAGAAACAAAGCCCCUGGUCCAGAUGGAUAUACUUCAGAGUUUUAUAAAGCAGCUUGGCCUGUAGUGGGUGAUCUCGUUACUAAAGCUAUUCAGGAAUUUUUCUCCUCUGGAAAGAUAUUAAGAGAGAUGAACUCCACUAUCAUUUCUCUAGUGCCGAAGGUUCUGAACCCAGUGAAGAUGACAGAGUUCAGACCCAUAGCUUGCUGUAAUAUAUUGUACAAGUUCAUAACAAAAAUCCUGGCUAACAAGCUCAAACAGACUCUUCCCCUCUUUAUUAGCAAGAACCAAUGUGCUUUUGUGGAAGGGAGACAAAUGGUAGAAAAUGUCUUACUUGCCCAAGAAGUUGUAAAGCAUUACCACAAGCCACAACUUAGCCCUCGAUGUGCAUUAAAGAUAGAUUUGAUGAAGGCCUUUGAUUCUGUCUCAUGGGACUUUAUCUUUCAAGUUUUGAUAUCCCUGGGAUUCCCUGCUUAUUUUGUCAACCUGCUCAAGAUCUGCAUCACUACUCCUAUGUUUUCAAUUGUUUUUAAUGGCAAUUUAUGUGGCUAUUUCUUAGGGAAAAAAGGUGUUAGGCAGGGAGAUCCUUUAUCUCCUUACAUUUUUGUGGUCUGCAUGGAAGUGCUUUCAAGAAUGCUUAAUCAUGCUGCCAUUGAAGGGAAAUUUGCCUACCACCCCAAAUGUGAGAAAGUGCAGCUUACGCAUUUGUGCUUUGCAGAUGACUUGAUAAUUUUUACUAAUGGGAGUAUAACAUCUCUUGAUGCUAUAGAUGAUGUAUUGAAGCAAUUUUAUAUAAUAUCUGGGCUACAGGUCAACUAUGCCAAGUCUGAGUUAUUUUGUUGUGGGCUGCAUGAGGUACACAUUAAACAUCUUACUGAGAAAUUUGGGUUUAAAAUUGGUUCUCUGCCAGUUCGUUACCUUGGGGUUCCAUUGAUCACAGGAAAGCUAUCACAAAAGGAUUUACGGCCUUUAAUUGCAAAGAUUACAGAUAGAAUGACAUCCUGGGCAGCAAAGCACCUGUCUUUUGCUGGGCGAUUGCAAUUGAUCACUUCAGUGGUACAAAGUAUCACAAAUUUCUGGUGUUCUAUCUUCAUUUUGCCUAAGGCAGUUAUAAAAGAGAUAGAAAAGAUUUGCAGUGCCUUCUUAUGGAAUAAUACCACUCAAAGUGCAUAUGGGGCUAAGGUAAAUUGGCUCACCGUCUGCUCUCCAAAACAAGAAGGUGGUUUAGGCCUCAAGAACCUUGGCUUGUGGAACCAAAUGUGUAUUCUCAAGCAUAUUUGGCUACUAUUUUCUAAGGCAGGAUCAAUUUGGGUAGCUUGGGUUCAUGAGUACCUUAUUAAAGGUAGAAGCUUUUGGACACUUAGCAUACCAGCUGAUGCAUCCUGGGGGUGGAGGAAGAUCCUCAAACUUCGGCAUAUAGCGAAGGGACUUAUCCAGCACAUCCCAGGUGAUGGCACAAAUAUAUACAUUUGGCACGAUUAUUGGCACCCUUCUGGGCCAUUAAUUGACGCAUAUGGCAGUAACAUUGUUAGGGAUGCAGGAAUCCCAUUUCAAGCAAAGUUGGCAAGUGUGAUUAAUGGGAAUUUUUGGCGGUGGCCUCCAGCGAGAUCUCCUCAAUUAGUUCAAAUCCAGAUGCACCUCUUUGACAUGUUCCCCAAAGAAGGUGAGAAAGAUAUGGUAAUAUGGAGACCUUCAAAUUCUGGAAAUUUCAAGGUUGGGCAGACUUGGAAUUGGCUAAAGAGCAAGAAGACUAGGAAGGUGUGGCAUAGAUUGAUAUGGUUCUCUCAGGCAAUACCUAAACAUAGCUUCAUUAGUUGGCUAGCUAUUCUCAACAGGCUAAGCACUAAAGCUCGGCAAAGCAAGUGGACUCCUAGCAUUGUUGACACUUGUGUUUUAUGCAAUAAUGAGCCAGAGACAAGUGAGCACUUGUUCUUUAAAUGCAGCUACACACAGAAGAUCUGGAAAACACUUAGUGCUAUGGCAGGCAUUCCCCUAACUAAUUCAUGGCAGGGUCUACUGCAUUGGAUGGGGAAAAAGGUCAGUAGAAAGUCAUUGCAGAAUACUCUUGUUAAGUUAGCAUGGAAUGCAGCAGUGUACCACACAUGGAGGGAAAGGAAUAGGAGGAUCCAUCAACAACAUUUUAAAGCUGAAGAUGAGAUUGUCUAUGAAGUUCAGUUUGACGUAAGGUGCAAAAUCUUGGGAUUUGCUCAACCAAAGUCUUCUCCCUUGCCUAUGGAUAUUGCUAAGCAAUGGGGCCUGGAAGAUGUCGUGAAGGAAUAGAUUGGUGCAGUUUUAUUAAGUUUGUUUUGAGAGAAUGUAUUCUUGGUAGCAGCUAAUUUGCUGCUUGAUUGUACAAUCAGUUUAUGGAUAAGAAAUUUCACAUUUUAUC